AGUAAGCAAUACAGAUUCCAAGACAGUGAUGACAUGUAACGUCUUGUAAUCACGGCACGUGGACGUAAAAGACCGAAAAGAACCAAUAUACCAAAACUCUACCGUGACGGUUUUAAUCUCUGUGUCUCAUUCUCAAAUCUUGAACAAAAAGUCUCAACGUAUAGAGAUAAACCAAUACGCAAUCUUUUUAGUAUAGAUAUAGAUAGAUUGAAAGAUAAAAGAGAUGUGGGAAAUAUCAAAGAUCCAAUAUUAGUGAAAUGGCGGUAAGCUCUGCGGUGGUGUAUUCGUGGCCGGCGCUGCUUGGAAGUUGCCGACAGGUGAGAUCAAAACGGUGGGGAGUAAAUUGUCAGUUGUCACAUGUAAAACCUGCUAAGUAUUCAUCUAAAAUAUCUACCGAUAUCGCUCUCAACGAGUCUCCUCAGGCGUCGUUCGAUGAGUAUUUGGAGGACAAAUCGAGGGUUUUUGCAGCAAUGUUUCCGGAUAAACCCAAAAACCAUAGGCUUAACGAGGAAGAAUGGAGAAUACAAAUGUUACCAAUAAAAUUUUUCUUCCUAACUGCUUGGCCAGUGGUGGUCAUGCGAAUUAGAUGCAAAUCCAACGGUCAGGAUUACCCAUCGGGCAUACCUCUAGACACAACCAAAGUUCUUGAGCUCAACAUGACGACAUGGGAGCUCAAAGGGCUGGACCGAGGAAUGGAACCAACUAAUUUCACUCUCGGAGUCAAAGGAGCAUUGUACCCAGACCGACGUGGAAGGCACACAAGGCUCAAAGGUCGACUAGAAACGAGCAUUAGUUUCGUGCUUCCUUCCGUUCUCGCUCUGGUUCCAGAAGAUGUUAGGAGAACCAUGGCCAACGCGAUUUUGACCGGUUUGGUGGAGAACAUGAAACAUAAGGUUAUUGAGAGCUUGGUCGCUGAUUAUAGCAAAUUCAAAUAUGAAAGGAAAAGACACAACUAGUGAUAGUAUUAUUAGUAUCAUUGUUUAACCAUGUAUAGUUCUAGGUUUCAAUGUAUGAGAACAAUGGAUGCAAGAUGUAGGACCCCGAUUGUUGGAAAUAAUUGAGGAUUUUACUCUCAUUGUUCAACAAUGUA